UUUAUCUUUGAUUUGAAAACGAAAGGGAAAGAGUGUUGCAGUCUACUGUAUCAUAGGUUAAGUUUUCGAUUGAAUAGUAACCAACUCGAAACGAAUUGCGAGGGUCUUAGACGGUGAUAAUUUGAAUUUUUUUUAUAUCGCUUUCUGUAACUGUGUGUGAUUAACCACCCGCGAAGAUGCCUAGAGGAAAAUACACCAACCAUAAGGGCAGAAACCGACAUUUCACAAACCCAGAAGAAAUUGAAGAGCAAAUGAAACGAGAAGAAAAGGAAAGGAAAUGGAGAGAACAAAGGGGAGAUGAAAGUUCCAGUGAAGAAGAUGAAGAAAAAGCAAAGGGAGGGAAAGGAGAUAGUGAAUCAUCUGACAGCUCUGAAGAAGAUAGUGAAGAGGAGGCAAAAGCAAAAGGGGUAGAAAAUUUGAUUCAAGUAGAGAAUCCAAAUAGGAUUCAGAAGAAAGCUAAGAAAUUAUCAAGUUUGAAUGAGACGGUGAAAACCUCAGCCAAACCAGAGUUGUCUCGAAGGGAAAGAGAAGAGCUUGAAAGGCAAAGGGCACAGGCUAAUUACCAGCGUCUUCAUGCCGAAGGGAAAACAGAUGAGGCACGUGCAGACUUGGCACGCCUUGCUAUCAUCAAGCAACAGCGAGAAGAGGCAGCCAAACGACGUGAAGAAGAACGCCGCCAAAAAGAAGCCGCAAAGCAGUCAAAAACGGCGCAGGUGCAUAAGGCACUAGGCAAGAAGAACACUUGACUUACAGAGAAUUUGAAAUGCAUUUCUCCAGUUCUCAUAAGAGAAAUGUUUACACGGUAUACUCAUACUUGGUUAUAAGAACACUUGCAUUUUUGCAUUCUGUUGUAAAACCUUGCCAUACAAUGGAUUUGCAUUGUAGGUCAGGAUUAAAAUUCAUAACACGCUUGACAGUAGUGUGUGUGUGCGCGUAUUGUUCUUGUUGUAUUUUAACAUAAUUUCAUUUCUGUUGACUAUUACUGUCCUUGACUACUGGAGACAUUUUCACCUGCAUUUGGUAGGGUGAAUGUCUUUUUCAUACCACUGGAAAUUUGUCUUGUAAAUAAAAUUUCAUGUUUUUGAAACUGAUUACUAUUAAAGACUAUGCAAAGUUU